UGUAGGGAGAGCUAUGGCCGGUGUAGCAUGUUUCACGUGCUACCUUGUAUUUAUUGUAACAGUUAACGGAGGCCUAGCUUCGGAUUUGCGUGAAAGAUUUUACAGCCAGAUCCGAGAUCUUCUAGAGUACAGCAGCUUUCCAAAGGAUGGCAAAGAACUUAUACCGAAGCCUACAGAGGUCAGAAAUUGGGGAACUAAGCUUGAAAGCACCGUCGGCCAAAUCAGCGGAGUGUCAGUGAAUUCCAAGGGUCAGCCAGUAAUAUUCCACAGAGGGCCACGGAAAUGGGAUGAAACGACUUUCAACAGCAGCCAUUACUACCAGAAGAUAAACGAAGGUCCGAUUUCUGUAGACACAAUUGUAACUUUGGAUCCGGCCAACGGUGAUAUCAUCAAAUCAUGGGGAAAAAAUUUAUUCUUUCUUCCACACGGGCUAACGAUAGACCACAAGGACAACGUUUGGGUGACGGACGUCGCUAUGCACCAAGUUUUAAAGUUUCCAGCUGGAGGAUCCACGCCAACGUUAAGACUAGGGGAAUACUUCACACCUGGCCAUGGAGAGAACCGAUUUUGCAAGCCUACUUCAGUCGCGAUCGCUAGAACCGGAGCUAUUUUCGUCGCAGACGGUUAUUGUAACAGGCGCGUUUUGAAAUUCAGCCACGAAGGAGAGCUGCAGAGGAUUUUUCCCCAAUACGACGAGUUUUUGUCACUAUUGAUACCGCACAGCCUUGCAUUGAUUGAACGCGCUGAUCUGCUCUGCGUCGCUGACCGUGAAAACAUGAGAGUCGCCUGUUUCAGGGCAGAAUUGAAAGACCACUCCAAGCAACCUUUGUCCCCGUUUACAAUACACCAGCCGGAUUUUGGCCGUGUAUUUGGAAUCGCAGCCAGAGGUAACUUAGUCUAUGCUGUAAACGGACCUACUUCUUCUCAUAUCCCAGUCCAAGGCUUCACAAUCGAUCCUCUGGCUGAACAGAUCGUCGAUCACUGGAUGCCAAUACAUCAGACGUUCACAAAUCCGCAUGACAUAGCGAUUUCCCCGCUCGGUGAUGCCCUAUACAUUUCUGAAAUCGAACCGCACAAACUGUGGAAAUUCAGUUUUGGCCGCAACACCAAUAUUUAGUUGAGAAGCAUCGAACCACACCCAACGUAAAAAAUACAUAAUAAUACCCUCAUAAAAAAUAUAUGUACUAUCAGUUAAAUAAAAGUAAAAGUACACACA